AACUGAAUUCAAAACUUUGUUUAAAUUUAAUUUAGAACCAACUGUUUAUAUCUGCUUAAGUUAAACAGAUAUAAACAGAUAUACUCAUUCUAAUUUUAAUAUGAAUCAUUUCAGUACAUUUGAAAAUUUAUUGUAUAAGUUUACUACGUGAAGAAAAACAAGAAACAACCUUCAUGCACUAUGGAUUCUACUAAACAUUAUGAAAAUCAAUUUGAAGAUUAUUCCAUUUCUGUUAGUCGCAACAUAGUAAAAAGUGAUCCUAAUAUGAUUCAUGAUGCAUUUAAAACAUUACUAAUAUCAGAAAUUAAAAAGUUUAUAGAAAUUAAAAAAAAUGAAAGGAAAUGGCUCAACAGCAAUGAUUAUACCGUAUAUACCGGACAAGCAGGAAUUGCAUAUACGUUAUAUCAAUAUGGAAAAUAUUACAAUAAUUCUGCAUAUAUGAAUAUGGCAACAGAAAUAUUGCAAAAAUGUACCACAAAAUUUAAAAGUAGACAUGAAAUCACAUUUUUGACUGGAAUUGUAGGUCCAUUGGCUUUAACAGCAGUAAUAUUACAUUCACAACAAAAGAAAGAUGAAGCAGAACAGUUACUUCUUAGGCUGAAGUCUUUAUCCGUUUAUGUUUUGGACAAACAUAGUGAUAUUCCUGAUGAAUUAUUAUAUGGAAGAAUUGGAUAUCUAGCUGGAUUACUUUAUGUAAAUGCAAAUAUAUUGCCACCUCCUAUAGAAGCAGAUCUUAUCAUAGAGGUUAUUUCUUACAUUAUUAAUUCUGGAAUAUCAUAUGCUUUAUCAAAUGAUUGCCAGUCACCUUUAAUGUAUUCUUGGCAUAAUAAAGAAUAUAUUGGUGCUGCUCACGGGUUAGCAGGCAUACUAUAUUUGCUAUUGCAGGCACGACAAUAUUUAACGCAAGUACAAAUGGACAAUUAUAUAAAACCAUCUUUAUAUUAUCUUCAAAAAUUACAAUUUUCUUCUGGAAACUUUCCUUCUUCUACGAGUAAUUCUUCUGACAGAUUAGUACAAUGGUGUCAUGGAGCGCCUGGGAUUGCUGUAUUGUUUUGCUUGGCUUAUAAGAUAUUUGAAGAUAGUACAUUUCUGGAGACUGCAAUACGAUGCGGAGAGGUAACGUGGCAACGAGGAUUAUUAAGGAAAGGAUAUAGCAUUUGCCAUGGUGUUGCUGGAAAUGGUUACACUUUUAUACACUUAUUCCAACAAACAAAGGAUAUCAAAUAUUUAUACCGAGCUUGCAAGUUUGCCGAAUGGUGUUUUCAUUAUGGAUCACAUCAAAAUCAAUCUCCUGAUAGACCGUUUUCUUUGUUUGAAGGUCUUGCUGGGGUUAUUUAUUUUUUAUUGGAUGUACAACAACCACAUUUGGCUAAAUUUCCAGCAUAUGAUAUUUAAAUCAAAAUAUAAUGCUUAAAAGUUGCUAAUUUUUUAUAUUCUUUAAAUGUAUUAUUUUUAAAUUUAAGUAUAUAAGUUAAAUAUUUAUUUAAAAUGAUAUCGUUAAUUAGAUAAAUUAUAUCAUUAAUGAUCAUCUCUAUGACGAAAUGUUAUGUAUAAAAAUAUAUAAAAAUUUCCCCAAUAACCAAAUCUACAGAAAUAAAUUUUGAAUAGAGUAUCAAUUUCUAAGAGCAAA